CUUUACAGUUUGACCAACUCAAUAGCUAACAAAGGAUAGUAUGAUACUGUAAAAAACAACAAAAAAUUAUAUUAUGAAAUCAAAUUCCCUAGUAGUAAGUGUUUGAAUAAUGAAAUGAUAUUACAAGUUUUAUACAUUUCACAUAUCAGUUACUCAUUUUUAUAUAUAAACAUCUAUUAGUAUGGUAUAUAAUUAGUAUGGUAUUUGCAAUUUUUGUUUUUAAGAUUUUGUAUAUCAGCUGAGUUUGACGUUGAAUCAUAUGUCACUAACUUGUGAGGUUGAAAAUACUCUACCCAUAUGGCUUUUCUUUGUGAAUGAAUGAUUCCUGGUUUGCGCAACUCUAAUGAUAAGGAUAGGAAUCGAGACAAAAAAGAACAUAGCUGAUCGUGCGCGUAAAAUUCUAUCGGAGGCCCCUAAAAAGUAUGAAUCCCGAAAAAGAUUUGCGGCAUAAACGUAUGAAACAAAGGGAAAUAAUAACGAACGUUUUUUGAACACCUCCAUGGGCGUUGUUUUCGUGUAAAAAACCGUGUCUUUUUGAAAACAAGUAUUUUACAAUAUGUCCGGGCAAAAUAGGUUGCCGAAAUCGUCUCCUAAUUUAGUUAAACAGGGACCUUUGAAGGCCACAAUACCAAUUUCUUCAGUGAUGAAAUCUACUAGUAACUUUAUGUCUGGGAGUAGUAGUAGUACAGUAUCAUCGACGUGCUACUGGAAAAAUAGGGCUUCGCCUGACCAAAGUUCUGGACAGAGAAGUCCUGGUUCGGUUGGAUAUAAAGGGAAAUCAAAAUCAGAACCAGAAGAGCCAACAAGUUCAAUACGAAGAACAGCAUCUUUAGAUACAAUAUAUUUACAAGGGCAAUGGCCAAGGGAAGGUUAUUAUUACAGCCAGAUGGGUACUCUUCAAAUUGACAAAGCUGUACAGACAGACGAAUCGGAUAUGUUAGAUUCGAGGAUAGUAGCCUGUACAUCUGAGACUGAUGAAAAAUCAGGACAAAAAAGGCCAAAAAUAUGGAAUACCAAAGAUUUAGGACAAGCUUCUCCUGGAGAAAAUACCAUAAAUAGUAGCAGUCAAACUUUAUCAUCUUGUAUUCUCUCUCCUACAUUUCAACCAGUUAACUUACCAUUACCAAAAUCGUCCAUCCGCAGUUCUGUGGAAGGUUUAAACCAAGAAAUAGAGAGGCUAGUACUGAAAACAGAUGGUGAAGCACACAGUAGUAGAUCAUAUGAUAGCGGUAGAUUCUCAGAAUCAAUUCCUGAAGGACAUAGGGCUCCAAUAGCGGAUAUAUUCAAAUAUGCGUCUAGAUCAAGGUCAGUCGAUACACAGACACCUCAAAAAUUUGGAAAUAGUUCAAAUUCUUCAAGUGAUAGCCAAGGUACAAGUCCCGAUCAAGAAACAAAUAAACUUGGUUCAUCACCACAAAUAAAUAGGUUUCUGGCUAGAGAACCACCUGAUGGUUGUGAAAAAGUACGAUCGAAAUCAAUGAAUAAUACUAAAAUUGAUCCAAUCGAGCACGUCCCUCAAAAGUCUACUUUCAAAUUAAAACCCAGCUUAGGAUCUGCUUUUCAGAUUUUACAUCCCACUAAGAGCGAAAAUGCUGAACAAGAUUUACCAACAGUGCCCUCUCAAGAGUCUCAAAGCGACGAAUAGAUUUUCUAAAAAUAUGUUUUGACAAUUCAUUUUUAACGCAAAUGAAGUGAAAAUACUUUGAAAAUAUUCUGUCCAUGGUACACAGAGAAAUAUUUCAUUUUCUAAGUAUUUUCUUUUAUGUUUAAAGAUGGUAUUUCUGAAAUGUGUAGAUAAUAUUUAUCUGUUGAUAUUUCCAGGUUGUUUUACAAAAAUUUUCAGUUUUAAUCUGCUCUUAAUUUUCAUGAAAAAUAUGGUUAGAGUACAAAAGGUAACUCAAAAGUAAGACAAUCUGGAUCCAAGAGAAAUGGCAACGUUUAUUUUUCUUAUUUGGGUAAUAAUUAUCCACUGCCCUUUAAUUGCAAACUUUUGACAACUCUCAUAAAAUUUCGACACAAGAUGCUAAAGUAAAUGUACAGUUCUUUUUUGCCACUGCAUCUUCCACUGAUCUGAGUAUACAAAAAUCUGGUUUGAUAGAAAAAUUGUGCUUCACCUCCACCUUUUCAAAGUUUAUUUGUUUUUUCACUUUAGUAUGUGCCAGAAACAAUUUUAUUCAGAUUUUUUAAGCAAUGCAAACCAUAUAUUAGGUUAAUAUUAUAUUUUUGUGUACACUAAAUUUCCAGAUGGAAAAAGGCAUCAAUAUUAUGUGCUGGUAUAUUUAAUGAUUCUGAUUUAUUUAAAGUACUAUUUGCUGUAAGAACCUGCAUAAUUUAUUCUAAGUACACAUUCAUUUUAAUUAUUUCUUAAAUCAUUUUGUCGGCAUACUUAACCUUUUUAGAAUAAAGGAAAAAGUUACAGGGUGGUUGUGGAAAAUAUACUACCCUUUAUAUAACAUUGCCAAGUCUUUAUUAGUAAUACAAAAUAUGAUUACAGCUCAGUAAUAUAUGAAAGCGUUUUUGAAAAAAAAAACUAUUUAUGUAGUUGACGACAUUCCAUAUAAAUUUUUUCAAUUGAAUUUUAGAGGAUUGUUUAUAAGAAAAAAAAUUAAAAUAAUGUUAAAUUGAGGAAUGAACUGUAAUGAAAGCUGUGAUUUUUUAGUAUGAAGAUAUGAGAGAUUUUUCUAAUUUUUCAUGGAUAUUUUUUAUUAAGGCGUACCUACAAUUACAAGUAAUUCAGAUGUUUAUCGUUAUUUUGUGAAUAUAUCUUUUGAAUUUUACAUUCUAUAGAAUGAAUAUAUAUGUUUUUUUUUUCUACUGUAUUACUUCAAUUUUAUUUUGUAUAUGUUUAAACAUAUCUAAUAAACAGACUGAUGAAA